UUCUCUUUCCAACAAUGGCAUCUUUCACGAUUUGUUUGUGUUGAAUACGUGACAAAGUUUAAAUUUACAGGAUAAGAGACAAAAUUGUGGAAUAAGAAUUAGGCAUAUAACAAAACAUGGGAGUACCAGCAUUCUUCCGGUGGCUCAGCCGCAAAUAUCCGAGUGUGAUCGUAGAAUGCAUCGAGCAAAGACCUCAGGAUGUGGACGGUGAGUUGGUAUACACAGACUCGUCGUUGCCGAAUCCGAAUGGGGUAGAAUUUGACAAUUUGUACCUGGACAUGAACGGGAUCAUCCACCCGUGCACUCACCCCGAGGACAAGCCGGCGCCGAAGGACGAGGACGAGAUGAUGGUGGCCAUCUUCGAGUGCAUCGACCGCCUGUUCCGCAUCGUGCGCCCGCGCAAGCUGCUCUACAUGGCCAUUGACGGUGUGGCCCCAAGGGCUAAAAUGAACCAGCAGCGCUCCCGUCGUUUCCGCGCCUCCAAGGAGACCCAGGAAAAGAUUGAGGAAGUGGCCCGCAUCCGCUCCGAGCUGCUUGUCAAGGGUGCUUACCUACCCCCUGAGAAGCCUAAGGAAGCACAUUUUGAUUCCAACUGUAUCACACCGGGGACUCCCUUCAUGGACCGACUCAGCAAAUGCUUACAUUAUUACAUUCAUGACAGAUUAAACAAUGACCCUGGCUGGAAGGGCAUUAAAGUGAUCCUCUCAGAUGCCAAUGUCCCCGGAGAGGGGGAACACAAGAUUAUGGACUACAUUCGCAGACAGAGAGCUCAACCGGACCACGAUCCUAACACGCAGCACGUUCUGUGCGGCGCCGACGCUGAUCUCAUCAUGUUGGGGCUGGCCACGCACGAGCCUAACUUCACCAUCAUUCGUGAAGAGUUCAAGCCCAACAAGCCACGCCCGUGCGAUAUAUGCGGCCAGCUGGGCCACGAAAUGAAAGAAUGCACAGGCAGCACCCCCGAAGCGGCCCUCGUCCGCUCCGACCCCGCCUUCGGCAACCAGGACUCCUUCAUCUUCGUCCGCCUCUCCGUCCUCCGAGAAUACCUAGAAAAAGAACUCCAGAUGCCCAACCUGCCGUUCCCUUAUGACUUCGAGAGAGCACUCGAUGAUUGGGUGUUCAUGUGCUUCUUUGUUGGAAAUGACUUUUUGCCGCAUCUACCGAGCUUGGAGAUCAGAGAGGGGGCGGUUGACAGAUUGGUUAAUCUGUAUAAGAAGUGCGUUUUUAAGACUAGGGGUUGGAUCACAGACUCGGGCGACGUGAACCUGGACCGCGUGCAGCUCAUCAUGGACGAGCUGGGCCAGGUGGAGGACGAGAUCUUCCGCCGCCGGCACGCCAACGAACUCAACUUCAAAGCCAGGGAGAAGGCCAAGAAGAGACAGCAGCAGCGGCCGAACUUUAACAUGCUUAACAACACACAGUUUGCUCCUAUGGCUGUAGUGGGUUACGGAACGUCCGCCAAGCCGGUGCAGAACGCUCGCGAGGAAGCGGCCAACAUGCGCCGCGCCGGCAUGCAGGCCGAGGCUCAACAAGAGUCUGAACAACGCGGUCGCAAGCGCACAGCCGAAGCCGCCGGGCUCGACGAGGAAGAGGAAGACGCCCACGACGAGGUCCGGCUCUGGGAGGAGGGCUUCAAGGAGCGCUACUACGAGAGCAAGUUCGAAGUGGCCAGAGACAACCUAGAGUUCAGGUACCGCGUGGCGCUCCAGUACGUCCGCGGGCUGUGCUGGGUGCUCCGCUACUACUACCAGGGCUGCGCCUCCUGGAAGUGGUACUUCCCCUACCACUACGCGCCCUUCGCCUCGGACUUCGUCAACGUGUCAGGGCUCUCCACCAAGUUCGAGAAGGGCACGCUACCUUUCCGGCCCCUCGAGCAGCUGAUGGGCGUGUUCCCGGCCGCGAGUUCACAGCACGUGCCGAAGCCCUGGGCCACACUUAUGAGCGAUCCGUUCUCGCCGAUCAUCGACUUCUACCCGACGGACUUCAAGAUCGACCUGAACGGCAAGAAGUUCGCGUGGCAAGGCGUGGCCUUACUGCCGUUCGUGGACGAAACUAGGCUCUUUAAAGCCUUGGAGCCUUACUAUAAGGAGCUCACACAGACUGAAAUAAAACGCAACAUCCGCGGCCACGACCGCUUCUACGUGUCCACCGGCAACAAGAGCUACGAAUACCUCCUCGGCCUCUACAAGGCGGCCGGCAAAGACCUGCGCCACCUCAUAGACAAGGAGCAGAGAUACCCGUACCGGUGCGAGGGAGUGAGAGGGGACGUCAUGCUCAGUGCCGACUGCGUUUGCAUUGGCGGGCAACUGGCGUCACCCGUCAUCGGUCUGCCGCCAGUACUCGGCAACCAGGCCGUCUGCGUCCGUUUCCAAGACCCUCAGUUCCCUGAGGACUUCAUCUUCCCAGCGAGGAGACUCCAGGGCGCCAUAGAGCCAGGACGGGUGCUGAAGCCAGGAGACCUGUCACACCAGGAGAACAGGAACUGGAGGCCUCAGAUAGGAAUGGUGCGAUCGAACACGGUGGCUAGUCUCGAGGCCGCCGGCCGACGGAUGCUGGGCCACCAUCUGCCGCGGGACCGGGACCGCUCGUACGGCAACGUACCGCCGCCACAACACCAGCAGCACAACCGCUCGCAAUCUGGCCCAGCCGCGGCCGGCCCCCACCGCGGCGGCUAUGUAGCCUUCAACCAGCAGGGCUACAACCAGGGCUACCCUAGCCAGAGCCAGGGCUACCCCAGUCAGAACCAGGGCUAUCCCAGCCAGAACCAGGGCUUUAACCGGCAGAACCAGGGCUAUCAGCAGCGGGAUCGGUUCGGGAAUCAACAGGGAGGAUACCAACAAAACAGGUACAACCAAGGUUACCAGCAAAGGCAAGAUGGAUUCCAGCAGCGACAGGACGGCAACCAACGAUACAGCCAGAACCAGAACCAGAGGCAGGGCUACUCCUCCCAAGGCCAGGGCUACAACUCGAGGCAGGGCCAGGGUCGCUCCACGUGGCGAUAAUCUACCUAGUUAACAAGUAAAUAGAGUUUAUUUUCAUUUGAACAAAUACUGAAUCUUUGGAUUUGGUUUGGGGCUAGGUAAUGCAAUAUUCUGAAUACAUUUGCUGACAUUGAUUUGAAAUUAUUGAGGUCAUAGAAUUCAUUACAUAAGAAUAAAUUUCUAAUCUAUUGAAGCUUAAACAACAUUCUUCACCUUUAACUUGAUAGAUACAUAGAUUUAUUACAUUUUCUAUGUCACUAAAGCCAAUGUAAUAAAAGCAGUAUUGUAAAAUAUAAUAAUAGAGAUAUCUAAUAUCACAAAAUUAUUGAUGUUAUUGUUGUUAAAAUGUGGCCCUUGCUGAUCCGACAUUAUAAUUAUUAUACUACUUUAAAAAAAUAUGGACUGUUUUGAAGGAAAAUGUUUUAGAUUGUUUUAAAACUAUUCCUUGAAAUAGGAUUGUCGAUAAAAUUUUUUUGACCUGAGUAAGAAAUUAAUUAAAAACUUAUAUGACUUAUAAGAAAUACCUACUUCUACAAACUGUGUUUAAACUUUAAUGUAAGCCAAUUUCGUGAAGACUGACGAUUCUACUGAGUUUACACUAACUUACCAUUUUUAUGUACAAUCUUCAGAAAGAUUAUUUUCUUUAUAUUAACUAUUGCAAUGACCGCCUGUAUUAAUUCGUUUAUCUGGAUGAUUUACUACACUGUAAUGAUAAAAUGUAUAAUAUAUGUAUAUGUUAAAUGAUUGAAAAGAUAUUCAACACAAACCUAAAUAAAAGACUAGACACAAUGGCA